AAUUAAUUUAUAAAAAAAUUACUGCAUAAAAUAGGGAAAAAAGUACGGAAAAGAAUAAAAGUACAAAAUAAAAAAAUAUCCAGUUAUAAUUAUAAUGAAUAGGAUAAAUUCAAUGAACCAAGUUACCACCUAAGCUUUCCUCCUUUGACACAACUUCCUCCUUUCUUCUUCUUCCUCCUUAAAUAAUGGCGUAAUUCUUCUAUUCGCCUCCUUUUUGGAGUUAUACUGGCGUCUAAGACAAGAUUUCUGAUUUUUUCACCCUAAAUCAAAUUUCUUCCUUCCUUCCUUCAACUUUAUUUACGAUUUCCAAGUUUACAAAAUUGUGGGAAUUAAUCUGUAAAAGAGUAGUUGAUUUUGCAAAAUUAAAAUUAGGGGGGAAAUAAGGAGGAGGCAAGAUUAUCUGAUUGAUUUAUGUCUCUGACAUUUCCCAACCUAUCUUGGUGGUUGUGGAGUGGUAAAAAAAAAGAUGCUAAAUUGAAGAAAGGGUCUUCUCUAGAUUCGUCGACCGAAUUGAAUGUAGAUGUGCUGAAGUUCCCUGCUAUUAGUGGGACGGGGGCUAAUUUAGGUUCUAACUCGAGGAGGGGUAGGCGAAAAGGGCGGGCUCAAGAGGGUGGGAAGGUUGAUAAGGAGCAUGAUGUUGUUCUUGUGCCUUCAGAUGGAGGUGGUACGUCUGAUAAUGAAUCGGAUGCUUCAGAUUGGUCGAUAGGAUGGUCUGAGCCACAUGCCUCGGGGUUCUUGAGUGAGGAUGAAAUUGAUGGGGGAUUUGGUGUUCUUGUCCGGUGCUACGGGCGUGGCUCUGGAGGGAACCAAGACCGUAGGAAAAACAGUGUGGUCAAUAAUGCCAAUGUACCAGAGCUUUAUUCUGCUGAUGGCGAAAAGUACAUGGAACGGUGGCUUUCUUCUCUACAGCAUAACUGAACUAGCCAUAUUGCUCCCUGCCAUGCUCUUUCUGCUGCUGUUUAGUUUGUGAAUUAAAUGAUCGUUAAAAUGGGGUUUUUAUCAGUUGAUGUAUUUCAACUUCUUUGAUACUGUUCUACUAACUAUGAUGGGAUUGACAGUAAGUUGAAAUACAACGGCUUAUACAUCAAACCGUUUACUCGUAUUUAUUUUUUCUUAUCAUGUAGAUUUGUUAAUAAGAUCUUAAAUGUUUUUUUAAAAGGAAAAAACAUCAAUAAUAGGAAAAAAAUACAAAAAAACAAGGGGAAGUUUGGCUUAUAAAAAAGAAAAAAAAGAAAAAAAAAAAAGCCCUGAAUUACUGCUAGUGUGAAUUCUUUGUAAAUUCUUUGUUUCGACCGCCUUUGUAAAUACAUUUGGAUAUUGUGGUUAAUUUGAUUCAUCAGUUGUAAAUACUUUUACUUCAUAAAUAAUAUCAAAAACUCUGUUUUGUUGUUUUAUUUUUAUUAA